AUGCCAGGCUCCCAACUUCAUUCAGCGACCACUGGCCAUGAACUACCCAGCUGUUCUCGCCAGCACGCAAGGCAACAAUGCACCGCAACCCGCCACAAAUUCCUUCAGCAUGUUACAAGUUUAGCGGUCAUGCCGGGUGAACGGCUUCCCUCCGAGCCAGUGGCGGCAAGUGAAAGGAUAACGAACUUGCUCACAGUGGUGGACGAUGCCCUCAGGGCCGCAAUUCAACCGCAGGCCACUGGAAACACCGUGGCAAACCCACUGGGCGCGGUGGCAGCUCCGGCAGCGGUGUUGCUGUCGGUCAUGGCUGGAACUGUCUUGGGUGCGGUCUCCUACCGCCGCUCGGCGCGCCGGCUCACGCGAGUGCUGGCACCGGAGGUGUCUUCACCGGUGCCACAAGCUGGCAAGCCUCCUGUGACGGGCGUGCCUACACCGACAAGAGCACCGCGUGCAACAGAUUUCCUGUCGAAGGGCGAGAUCGUGUACCUCUUUGCUGUACCAGGCCUCUUCGCCCUGUCUUUGGCGGGACUGCUGGGCAUGCUGGGCCACUGGGCCCUCGGAGCUCGCAGCGUCGAAGAAGCCGUGCGACGGCUGAAGUGGCUUCUUGGCAAUGGCUCCCGGCCUGCUACCUUGGAGCCCCCGAGCUCAAGCGAGUAA